GCAGGGGGCGGGGAGGAGGAGGAAGGCGCUGGCGGGCAGUGAUGGCGGCGGGUGAUGGGGACGUGAAGCUAGGCACCCUGGGGAGUGGCAGUGAGAGCAGCAGCGACGGCAGCAGCGAGAGCCCAGGCGGCGCGGGAGCGGCAGCAGAAGGGGGCGGCUGGGCAGCAGCGGCAUUGGCGCUUUUGACGGGGGGCGGGGAGAUGCUGCUGAACGUGGCGCUGGUGGCGCUGGUGCUGCUGGGGGCCUACCGGCUGUGGGUGCGCUGGGGGCGGCGGGGUUUGGGCGCCGGGGCCGGAGCCGGCGAGGAGAGUCCCGCUGCUUCUCUGCCUCGUAUGAAGAAGCGGGACUUCAGCUUGGAGCAGCUGCGCCAGUACGACGGGUCCCGCACCCCGCGCAUCCUGCUCGCGGUCAAUGGGAAAGUCUUCGACGUGACCAAAGGCAGCAAGUUCUACGGCCCGGCUGGUCCAUAUGGAAUAUUUGCUGGUAGGGAUGCCUCCAGAGGACUGGCGACAUUUUGCCUAGAUAAAGAUGCACUUAAAGAUGAAUAUGAUGAUCUCUCAGACUUGAAUGCUGUACAAAUGGAGAGUGUUCGAGAAUGGGAAAUGCAGUUUAAAGAAAAAUAUGAUUAUGUAGGCAGACUCCUAAAACCAGGAGAAGAACCAUCAGAAUAUACAGAUGAAGAAGAUACCAAGGAUCACAAUAAACAGGAUUGAACUUUGUAAACAACCAAAGUCAGGGGCCUUCAGAACUGCAAUUCUUACUCCCUUUCACAGAAUGUCCAGCGUCUUUGGGUUUGGUUCACCUGCUGCAAAAAACAUUCAACAGAUUGUAUACAAGCUAAAUGAGUCUCACUUUGAAGAUUUGAAUACUAGACAUUAUUUAUGCUGCCAACCUCAUUUGUUGCAGUUGUUGGUAAUGUCUGGUGGGGCUUCAUCAUCCUGAAAAGUCCCUGAGGAAACAGGGACUUUUUAAAGAGCAAGAAAGUCACAAGGUUACUAUUCCCUCUCUCCCUCCUUCCCUCCCUCCCUCCUAUUUUUUUUUUUAAAUCAAAGACAACCAGAUAUGUAUUUGCUACUUAAGUGUACAAAUCUCCUCAAAAACAGCAAGAGAUUCAUGUGCUGUGUUUUUGUUAUAGCUCUGAGGGAGGAGAUCUAGGUAGGAGAGGUUGGGGGUGCACAUCAAUUUGAGUAGUUUAUUGAAACAUUAAAAUGUGAAUUCUCAAACUUUUCUUUUUGGGUUUUGUCAGGGAAAAGGAAAAAACCCUUACUUCUAAGAAAUCUUUGGAAAUUAGGAGAAGGGAUUUCAAGUGGAUCUAAGUCAAAGUUAAUUCCCAAUAGUAAGAUCAUUUGAAACUAGUUUUUAUCCCUUCCCUUCCCCUAGAUCAAAUCAAUAUUAAUUGUGCCUUAUUUCACUUACAUAGACUUGAAUUAUUUUUAGGGAAAGCCCCUAUGUGAAUUCAGAAGUCAUUACAAGCAGCAUUGAGACUGAAGUUGGAAUAUUCUGUUGACUGCAAAACCUUGAUGUCAUUCUGUGUACAUAGAAUGUAAAAGGAAUAUUCAGUGUUACUGCCACAUAUGUUAAUAUACACAAACUUAAUUAGCAUUGUAAUGGCCAAAUGCAUUCCCUCAUGCUUUUUCUCUUUUAAAAAAAAAUCGAAAAUCAAAUCAACAACUUUGUCCCCCAACAGCUGCCUAAUUUUAGGAGUCUGACCCUCACAUCUCAUUGGUGUGGGUGCAUGGGGUUGUGGUAUGGAUGUUGUAUGGGUGCGUCUGAAUGUGUGUGAGAGCGCCUUGGAAAGGACUCUGCAGAUACUGUAAAUACCAGUACCAUUUUAAUAAAGCAUGUACAAUAAACCAAAAUAA